AUGACCGCCAUCUCCACCAAAACAGCCACCCACCUCGCUAUCGCACCCACGACGGCCGAAGCAUUUGCCGCCUACUCAGAGGAUAUCACUCGUGCAAUCAUGACAGCCACCAGCCCCAAGCCAGCCAAGCUGCACCACAACUUCAUCAACGAACUCCCGCCAGCUCCACCACCUUCCCCCGUCUUCUUCGCCAUCGACAGUAAUGGCAAGCCCAACGGCAAGAAGCACUCCAAAAUCCCCAGCAUGAGUCUGGAGUAA